AUGCAGUUAAAACAGUUUACCGUCCAAAUUGUGGCAUUCUUUGCUGUAUUUGGUUUGGCAUUCGCUUUUCCAAAAGAAAGACUUACCUCCGCGGAAGAAAUGGAAAGAGCCAGUGCAAUUAGUGACACUGAUACUAUAUCUUUGAGAUCCAGUGAGGCUCUGGAGAAUCUAUAUGUGUAUGAAAGAAGCCUAAGCCGGUUCAGAAGAGCUCUCGAGGAACUGGCCUACGAAGAGGCUGCCGAUGAUAUGGAGCUGGCGGAGAUUAACGUAUUCCGUCCACUUUUCCGGUACCGUUCCCAGGUGAUAAAGGCCAAAAAUCCACAGCAGCAGUUUGGCUAACAGUAUAAUUAUGAAAACCUAGAUAUAAGCCAUCAAAACCGCCACAUUCCUCACAAA